GGUAGUGAACGCUACGCACGUUCGUCGGUUGCAGUAACAUGAGUGUUCUUGAUACCCACAGUGAGAGUGACUUGCAGGUGAGCACACGAAUCUUCUGCGCUGGCCGCUGUCAGCACAACAGUAUUCUCACCCUUCUUCAGCCAUGAAAUUCGGUCAGAAAAUAACACAUGACCUCUACAACGAGUGGAGGCCAUACUACAUCGAUUACAACCUCUUGAAGCGCGAGCUCAAGGACCGGACCACUUCUCGCACUUGGACAGACAAGGAUGAGCAGCAGUUUACUGCCUUACUGGAGAGAGAACUCGACAAAGUCCAUGAUUUUCAGAAAGCCAAGACAUCAGAGCUUUCGCGCCGUAUCAAGGAAGCCGAGAGGGCCGUCAAGCGUCUUGUAACAGAGGAAUAUGUCAAUGGCGAUGACCACGCUCAGACGACGACAGAUGCUGAAGCUCAACGGCAACAACCAGAGGAUGUUGUUCAGGAUGCAGGCUCAGAUGAUGAUGACGACACCGACGACGAGACUGAUGUACAGUCUAUUGAUGCGCUUGAAGACCAGUUUCUCGUGCUUGAAGAAGAGGUCGCAACUCUCGUUGCAGAUGUACAUGACCUCGCGCUGUUCACCAAGCUCAAUAUUACUGGAUUUAUGAAGAUUCUAAAGAAACAUGACAAACAAACGGGAAGGCCGCUGAAGCCAACUUUCAUUCAAGAGUACCUGGAGAAACGACCUUUCUAUAAGUACAACUGGGACGGUCUUAUUGUAAAGCUCUCGAAGUUGUACGACUUGGUGCGGAACCGAGGGCAUCCCGUGCAAGGAGAUGCAAGUGCUGGAGGUACUCAGAGUGCUUUCGUACGACAGACAACGAAGUAUUGGGUACAUCCUGAUAACCUCGUCCACCUCAAGCUCGCCAUCCUCAAACAUUUGCCUGUACUCGUGUUCAACCCUAACAAGGAAUUCGAACCCAAAGAUGCUGCCAUUACGUCGAUAUAUUUCGACAAUGAAGAUCUCGAACUUUAUCUUGGUCGUCUGGAAAAGACCGAAGGUGCAGAAGCCAUCCGGCUGAGGUGGUAUGGCGACAUGAACCAAAAGACUAUCUUCGUCGAGCGUAAAACUCACCGAGAAGAUUGGACUGGCGAGAAAUCCGUCAAGGCACGAUUUCCCAUCAAAGAACACCUUGUCAACGCGUUUCUACGCGGCGAAUACAUCAUGGAUGACGAGUUCCAGGAACUGGUGAGAAAGGGGAAGAAGUCGCAGGAAGAGGUGGAUUCAAUGAUCCAGUUGGCCAAUGAGGUCCAGUAUAGUAUCCUGACAAAGAGGUUGCAGCCUGUAAUGCGUACCUUCUACAAUCGAACAGCGUUCCAACUUCCAGGCGACGCUCGAGUUCGAAUUUCGCUCGAUACAGAACUGACCAUGAUCCGAGAAGACAACUGGGAUGGUCUGGUGCCAGCUGAAGAUAAGGAGCUGUUCAAGUAUGGUGUAUUGGAAGUGAAGUUGCAGACUCAGUACGGACAGGAACCGCCAAAGUGGGUUACAGAUUUGGUUUCGUCGCAUUUGGUAGAAGCUGUUCCGAAGUUUAGUAAAUUCAUUCAUGGAUGCUCUACACUCCUGCCGAAUCGCGUCGACUUGGUACCCUUCUGGCUACCGCAAAUGGACACGGACAUCCUCAAGCCUGACACUGGUACCCUCAGUAUCGAACGACCCCUGCAUGCUGCCUCCAAGGGUUCAAGUACAUCGGAACGCCCCGAGUCAUCCGGAAUUACUACACCUGACUUUUCGCGUGAGCCAUAUGCGGAGCCUGUAUCUGAGGGCGAGGAAGAUGAAAUGAUGGAGCUUGCGCCAGCCAAGGAUGAGGGAAAGAUCACCGGUCUUACAGGUCCGGAGGUGGCAGCAGCAGUCGCCUUCCGCGAGAAAGCCCUCAAAGAGCACGAGCAAGCUCCUCCACCAGAGCCCCAGCCAACCAUUAAUGGAGUCCGUGCUCGAGACAUGGCUCGGGAGGAACCCCUUGCAGAAUCGGAAGAGGAAGGCGAGGUAAGCGAGCGCACACCGUUCCUCAAACCUAAAGAACGUCGUCGGAGGGCUUCAAGCAAAGCUCUGGACGACUCUAUGAAGUCAAGGGCCUUGAGCAUCGACCCGCUUGCGAAUAGUUCGGCCUUUGAUGAAACGCUGAGGGAGCGGCUCAGGGAAGAUGUUGAAAGAGUGAAAGCUAGGGAGGCGGAAGAGGAGGAGGAAGAGGAGGAGGAAGCAGAGACGGAGGUGGGAACGGAGGAGUUGCUUGAGGGGAGAACAAAUGGCAGGACGUUGGAGAGGCGUUGGAGAGCCCCGCCUGGGAAGAGGAUUGCCGUUCCCGUCAGGAUUGAGCCUAAGGUAUAUUUUGCCACCGAGAGGACGUUCCUUAAAUGGUUGCAUUUUGCCAUCUAUGUCGGCACGAUUGCUACUACCCUACUCAACUUUGUGCCUCCGGAUGACACGGCAGGACUCAUCAGCGCAGGUCUCUUCACCUUCGCCGCGCUUGCAGCCAUUGCAUACUCUGCUGUCAUCUUCGUCAUCCGAUCCAGGAGCAUCAGGAGACGACGAGCUGAGGGAAUGUACUACGACAAAUACGGACCUACGAUCUUGGCGCUGAUCCUCCUUGGAGCAUUGGCUACUAAUAUUGGGUUGAGAAUGAAGGAGCUGUUUUGAGCGGGAAACUGGUUUGAUCUUGUCAAGGACAUUUACACACAUAUGGUCGGACUGAUUGGAUACCUUCCCUAACUGUUCAUCUUUAUCUCUUCCUUCUCAGUAUUGUCAUGGCAAUACGCCGUAUGCGCGUCCGAUACACAUUUCUAUCUGGUAUUACAUGCGAGUAUCUCGAAUACAACGCCUCUAUCGUACUACACAAAUGAAAUGGAGUCCAUCAUGUCUAUAAUAUGCUGCGUGCAGUCUCAGUCCGUGCGUCAUGUAAUAUGCAAAACCAUCAAACAGUACAGUGUCAAUUCACUUG